AUGAGGGGCUGGAGAGGGCGGAUCAGAUGUCAGAUCCCUGACUGUAAUAGCAGUCGCGCCUGGAGAUUCCCACAGACUCCGUGGGAAGCAUUCUUACGACUUAAUAACACAGCCACACUGACAGACGAGACCGAGACAUCAGAAAAUAAAUAGGGUGUGUGAGAGAGAGAGCUGCUGGCAUUUCAAACUGGAUGGGAGAGGGCUCGAGCACAGGAGGGCGGACACCGACUCAGAUCUGUGUAUUUUUGACACACUCAUACAGGAACAUGGCCAUGAGCAGGAUUGGGAUACAGCUGCAGUUUCUGCUGUACUCGGUGUCAGCCUACCUUUCACCGUACAAUCUGGAAAAUAUCCUCCCGAUUCCUACAGACCGGGAUCCAAAUGAUAUCUUGAAAAGAUUUGACCCUUGUUGUCUGCUGACCCCGCCUCCCCCUCCUUUGUUCCCGCCCCCUCCUGGUGUCUGGAAAAGAGAGCCUACCUUGCCUAGUCAUGUGGAGGGGACGAGAGUAAGAGAGGAGGAUGGGGAGCAGGUGAAGGAACUCUGUGUGGCGGGACCACCAGGACCUCCUGGACCUGUUGGACCACAGGGUCACAGUGGCAUCCCAGGGAUGGAGGGACCCAAAGGAGAUAAGGGUGACGUCGGAAGACCAGGGUCAAAGGGUCGUACUGGGCGUCCGGGUCUGCCUGGGAAACCAGGUUCUUCAGGGCUGCCCGGCCCAGAGGGACCUAAGGGAGAGAAAGGAGACCCAGGGCUGAUGGGAAUGCCAGGAAUGAGGGGAUCACCUGGACCUAAAGGCUUUCCAGGCAAUAAGGGUGAGAAGGGAGCACGGGGGGAUUCUGGACCUGCAGGUCCAAAAGGAGACAAGGGAGCAAAUGGACUGCCUGGGAUGCUGGGACAGAAGGGUGAAAUGGGACCCAAGGGUGAGUCUGGUGUCCCAGGGAAACGUGGCCCUACAGGACGACCAGGCAAGAGAGGCAAACAGGGGCCUGAUGGAGACAGAGGUUUUCCAGGGCCAGUGGGUCCCACUGGUCCACCUGGACCCAGGGGCCACCCAGGACCUCCUGGGGUACCUGCAUCAGGGCUGUUUGUAGUUGGAGAAAAAGGUGAGAAGGGAUUGCCCGGUCUUCCUGGAGUCUGCGACUGCAGCUUCCCUUCUCUCAGUCCAGCCAGUGCCCCGUUACAACACCGUAACAAAUAUGACAAAGUUCCAGCGAUAUUCGUUGUGGGCAGUGAGGAAGAGCUAAAAGGUCUCCAGGAAGAUAACGCACUUGCCUUCAGGAAGGAUCAGAGGUCUCUUUACUUCAGGGAUGAAAAUGGAUGGAAGCCCAUUCAGCUGAUGCUGCUCCAGGCGACUGAGAGGAUGAGGGAUGGGAAUGGAGUCUGCGGUGAUGGAGAGGUGCAGGAACUCAACGGGGAAGAAUGCGACGACGGAAACAAGGUUGUUACGGAUGACUGCGUAGGCUGUAAAAAGGCGUACUGUGGCGAUGGAUAUCGUAAUGAGGGUGUGGAGGAGUGUGACGGGAAAGACUUUGGCUACCAGACCUGCAAAUCAUAUCUGCCCGGCACCUUUGGGCAGCUCAGGUGCACCGACUCCUGUUUCAUCGACUCAACCGGCUGUAAAUACAGGACCUGAGGCCUACAAAAGUCACACAUUCACACUGACACACACAUUCACACUGACACACACACACACACACACACAGAUAUGAGGGGGAGCCUGCUGAGAUCAAAAGUAUUUAACAGAUGAUCUGAGAGGAUUUGGCUGUUUCUGUCUCCAUCGCCUCCCUCACACUCCAGACACACACACACGUUAUAAGGUUCAACUCAGUGGGUACGGUACUAUUAGUAGUACUGCUUGUUGAUGCUGCUAGUAUGUUUUGAAUGGCAGCUGAGCUGGUGGAUGAAUGUUGUAGGAGUUGUGUAAUGAAAAGUCAUUAUUAUUUAAAUGAAUGUAUAAUAUGUUUAUAUGAAACUUAUUUAUUUGUUUGGUAUUGCAAAUGCAUGAUUAGGUCUGUGCAUGUUUCUGUAUAUGUAUCAUGAGCUUGUUCCCAAGCGACUAAGCAGUAUUUUGCUGGUAUGUGCCUUGUAAAGCAUGUACUGUAAAAACAGGUAUUUAUUGUAUUUAUUUAUUCAUUGAACCAAACUUUUAUGAAAAGAUAGCUAAUAAUUAUAUGCUUGAUUAUUUUUCACAGAAACAUGUUGUAAUGUUUAUUUGGGUUAAAUGAUGAUUUAUUCAGUCAGAGCAAUAAAUUGCAAGCAUGUCCAGUGGGUGGCACUGUUUCCCAGUGUCUCACAUGUGUCCUUCCUCUUGAUUCAGAGCUAUAAUACAGCAUUUCAUACUGGCACAGAUUUCAAAUACAGAUAGAUUUAAAAAUGAAACUUAGAAUGAGGAAAAACAAAGAGUAUUUUUUCUUUGGUGUAUUAGAAAGUCUUGAUUUGAUGAGUUAGAUGAAGAGUUAGUAACAAAGGGCUCCAGCAGCCACAAGAAUCAGAAACAGGACAAUACUGUAUAAUAAACUCACUUGUUAGUUUUAGAAAUGUAACUUCAUUUACUUUUCCAUUUAUAGUUUCAUCCAUUUCAAACAUUUAUUCUGCUCACCUUAAGCCUAAAACACGGUUUCACUCUUAGUGGUUAACUUUCUUCCAUUUUACAAAAACUGAUGCCCUUUAUUUGAAACAGUAAUGACUGCAAGACUUCUCUAAUCUGUAUGCACAGAUUUAACACUCUUUCCUUUUGCCAUAUUUUGUUAAGCCAUGUUUUAAUCUCCAUUUUUUUCUCAUUUUUAUUCUGUUAGUCGUCUAAUAAUUUGCCCUUUUAGUCCAUUCAGGGUAUGUUAAAAGCUGAUAGGAUAAUUAAUAAAAGCCUUGUCAGGUAUGAUAAGCAAAUUUAAUAGGCAUAAUAUAUUUGUUCCAGAAACAUAUUAAAUGUUAAAACACUUAUUAUUGACUGAAGAAAAUUAAUUAGAUAGAUAAACACUUUUUAUAAGAAUCAGGGGUUUUAACAUGGCUGCAUCUGUAAUAGGGAAACUCUUUCUUGAAAUGUGGAUGACCAAAAAAAAACUAUUAUUUAUUUAUUUUUUU